AUUGCAGCAGGGGAACGCUUUUCAAAAGUUAUUGAGUUUCUCAGGCGGCAACUGCAUCGUGAAACUCUGUUUUUGUAUGUCAACAGCGCCUUCUCUCCAUCGCCAGAUGACCUCAUUGCUGACCUUGCUGAUGCAUUUUCGAUCGAUGGGAAUCACUCACUCUCUCACACCCCCACCAUCUUCUUUCCCCGCUUUCUCCUCCCCUCUCUUCUCUCCUUCUCAUCGCCACCUCUUUCUCUCCCUUAAUCUCUCCCUUGCGCUCUCCCCUUCCCCCUUCUUCUCCUCUAAUGUGCAGACGUCUUCAUCGGGAGGGUCAGCGGCUCUCAUGUCCGUGUCGCCAUCACCCGUCUCCUCCCUCCAUCGUAGCGCAGCAACCGUUCCGCCGCCAUCCCUCCCAAGAUGGGCGCACUCUUCCGCCUUCAAGGGCCGCGCUGUUCAGAUCGGCAGCGCACCCGCCGGCGGCGGCAGCGGCGGGAAAAGCAGCGGCAGUUCCCGCCAUCACCCGGCGAGCCGCGGCCCGUUGGUGGAUCUGGCGCGCGCCGUGUUGAAUAAGUCCAGUAGCAGCGGGAGCGGGAGCAGCAGCGGCAGCAACAACGGUCCAGGCGGGAGCAACGGCAACGACGGCAACGUUGGCGGGGCCAGAAGCAACAGCAAUGGGAAUGCGGGGAACAGUGGCGGGAUCGGGAAAUUCGGGAAUUCCGGCAACAACGGCGCGGGGAACUGGGGGCAGCUGCCGUCGGCGCAUUCCCGCGCGCAGCCGCAGCAGAACGACCCGCCGACGCAGUGGCAGAGCGUGGGGGAGGCCACCCGCGCAGUUCUAGAGCGCCUGUUCGCGCAAGCGCAGCGGUACGAGGAUCGGGCGGAUAGUCCGGAUUUCGCGGAGGAGGCGGAAUUGGAGGAGACGGUAGGGCAGCUGGAGGCUGACGUGGUGGGCGUGCUCGAGUCGCUACGGCGCAAGGAGAAGGAUUUGAUGAAAGCCGAGGAGAUUCUAAGAGAGGAGGAGCGCGAGGUGCAGGUUGCGCGCUCCGCGCUGAUCCAACGCGAGCGGGAGUUCGAGGCGGUGCGCAUGGCGCAAGCGGGGAAGCGCAGCGAGCUCGCCCGCGCGCGCGGACAGUUGGGGACCCAGCGGGAGGAGCUCGAGCGGACUGUUGGGCUGCUGCGGGAGAGGGAGAAGGAACUCGCGCGUGUGCGCGAUCAGCUGGCGGGGAAGGAGGACGAGGUGCGGAGAGUGCGCGCGGAAGCAGCCAAGCAGGGGGAAGCCGUGGACAGCGUUGGCGCGGCGAUUGCCGCCCACCAAGCGGAGCUGGCAGAGGUAGAGGCGGAGGCGGAAAAGCGGCGCAAUGAGGUAGCGUCGCUGCGCGAGCUGUUGCAGCAGCAGCGGGCGGAGCUUUCAGCGGUAGAUGCGGACCUUGAGGGGAAGAAGCGCAAGCUUUCCGCCACAGAGGAAGAUCUUUCCACGCGCGCGGUUGCGCUGCACGCGGCGCAAGGGGAACUGCAGCUCUUGCGCCAGCAGCUGCGCCGAGUCACCUCCGCUGGAUCUUCCGCGUCGCUGGAGCUCGACAGGGCAACGGUUCUCCUGCGCGACGCGGAGGCGGAACUCGCGGCGUCCCGCGCCGCGGUGCGGCGGUUCCGCGACGAGGUCGCGGACCAGGAGACGGAGCUGGAGGCGAAGGAGGAAGAGGCGGGGCGGCUCGUGGCGCUCCUACGGAAGCGCGAGGAUGAGCUUGCGCGGGUGCAGAAAGAAGCGGCCAAGGAUCGCGCGGAGCUGCAGUCUGCGCGCGCCGCUUUCGCUGCCGCGGAGACGAAGCUGACGGAGCAGUCGCGCGCGGUGACGCAGCUGGAGGCGGAACUCCUGGCGGAGCGCCAGCGCGCGGAGGAAGCCACCGCGGAGAUCUCCGCGCUGCGCAAGGAGGUCCGCCAGACGAGCGCGGCGCUCUCCGAUGCGCAGCUGGCGCUGCAGCUCCGCGAGGCGGAGCUUCUCACCGCGCGGCUCGAGCUCCAAGCCGCGCAGUCCGACCUCGCGGCGGCGCAAGCCGACGCCCGCGCCAAGACCCAAGAGCUCGAGGAGUCCGGGCGCGCGGUCGCGACGCUCCGGCGCGAGCUGCUGCUGUCGCGGAAGGUCCUGGCGGAGCGGGAGGCGGAGGUCUCCGCGGUGGCGGAGAAGCUCCGCGAGCGCGAGGAGGCGCUAGAGGCCGUUGGAUCGGAUCUCCAGAAAUCGCGGAUCAAGCUGAGCGAGGCGGAGACUGUUGUGGAGCAGAUCGCGGGGCUGUCGCGGCUGCUGGUAGAGACGGCGACGGGCGGCGCGGCGGUGCCGGUGGUGACGGAGGGGUCCGUGCUGGCGCAGGCGAACUACGAGCUGUUCGCGACGAACCGCGUCCUGCUGGAGCGCGAGGUGCAGCUGCAGACCAUGCAGGUGUGCGCGCGGACGAGGGGGCAGAGGAGAGCGGGGGAGCGGGAGGCACUUCCCCCUCCUCUCAUCUGCCCUCCUCUCAUCUGCCCUCCUCUCAUCUGCCCUCCUCUCAUCUGCCCUCCUUUCAUCUGCCCUCCUCUCAUCUGCCCUCCUCUCAUCUGCCCUCCUCUCAUCUGCCCUCCUCUCAUCUGCCCUCCUCUCAUCUGCCCUCCUCUCAUCUGCCCUCCUCUCAUCUGCCCUCCUCUCAUCUGCCCUCCUCUCAUCUGCCCUCCUCUCAUCUGCCCUCCUCUCAUCUGCCCUCCUCUCAUCUGCCCUCCUCUCAUCUGCCCUCCUUCCGCUUUCCCCCACUCUCUUCCCUCCUCUUUUCCCCUCUUCCCCGCACUCUCUCCCUGUUCCUUGCUCCCCCCAUAUCCCGCUCCUUCCCCCUUCCCUCCCCUUUCCGCUCCCGCUCCCCAUCCCCCUCGCCCUCCCCCUCCCCGCGCCCGCGCGCAGGACAAGGAGGCGCGCGAGUCGAUGGCGGGGCAGCGCCUACUUGCGGAGCUGGACGCGGUUCGCGAGUGUCUGCGCGAGAAGGAGGUGGAGCUCGAGGUGGCGCGCCUCGCGCUCGCGGACCGCGACGUGGCGCUCUCCGCGCUGCAGCAGCGCUGGCAGCAGCGCGAGGCGCAGCUGCAGCGCGUGCAGGGGGAGCUGGUGGAGGGCGCGCAGGAGAUCGCCGCGCUGCGCGAGUACGCGCGCGCCAACGGGCUCGUGUCCGCCGCGGCGGAGGCGGCGGCGGCGGCGGCGCAGGCUGGGGCCCCAAAGGCAUUCAAGGAGGAGGCGGCAGUGACGAAACUGGAGCUGGAGGUGGCCAAGGUGGAGGUGGAGACGGCAGUGGCAGCACUGAAAGCCCUGGCGGACCUCAGCUCUGAGCUCACCACUGAAUGUGCUGACGCAGCCUUGACUGCCGCAGCCAUAGCAGCACUGCCAGGCGCGGCUAAUGGUACUGCUGGGGCUGCGGGUACGGGUGCUGCUGCUGCUUCUGUGCGGGCUGCGCUCAUUCCCACCGCAGAGUCGUCGGCUGCUCCUGCAGCAGCAACGCCUGCAAACGGGGCUGGAGUGCAAGGGGGACAACAUGGAGCAGCAACAGGUGACUCAGCAGCAGCAGCAGCAGCAGCAGCAGCGGCGGCGGCUGCGGCACCAGCGGGAGUGGCAGUGGAUGACAUGGAAAGGCAGCUGAGGGACAAGGACGCGGCCUUGGACCUGGCUCGCUCCGCUAUGCUCUCCCUCACUCGCCUCACUCGCCGCCUCGUGCACGACGCUGCCACUGUGGCUGCUGAAGCCGGCUGGCCUUGCGACGACACCCCUUCCUCUCCUUCCUCUUCCCCCUGCAGCGUGUGA